AUGCCGUUACAUUUGUUAGGGAAGAAGUCAUGGAACGUAUACAACAAGGACAACAUCGAAAGAGUGCGCCGAGAUGAAGCUCGCGCAAAGGCUGAGGAGGAGGAAAACGAAAGAAAGCAACGGGAGGAAGAUGCGGAGAGGAGGAUAGACAUUUUACGUGGGAAGAUACCGGUACCCUUGAAUGAUGUUGUGGAUGAAAAAGAGCGGCAUCCUCGCUCCCGUGAGAAACUUCCUGUAGAAUCGAGACACCGGAAAAGGAGAAGGCUGGCUGGAGAAAAUGAUACCGAUCGUGACAUCCGAUUCGCAAAAGAAGAUGCUGAGCUGGCGCGUCAGCGAGUUGAAUCUAAGGCAUCUCGCCGGCGUACUGACGAUGCACCUAUUGUCGAUAAGUCAGGACACAUCAGUUUGUUUCCCGAGGAAUCAACGUCUCGAACGCGCCGUUCAGACAAGAACCCAGAAGCUGAAGCUGAAACUGCAAAAAAGAACCAAGAGUUUGAAAACCAAUAUAUGAUGCGGCUUUCCAAUGCUGCGGGUUAUAAACAGCAGCUGACCUCUACACCAUGGUACUCCUCAAAUACGGAAAUAUCCACACAGAACGCCGGGCUACCUAAUAAGAACGUUUGGGGAGACGAAGACCCCAGAAGACAAGAGAGGGAAAAAAUAAGGAUAGCUACGAACGAUCCGCUGGCGGCGAUGAAGAAAGGUGUGAAGCAGCUAAAGGAGGUGGAGAAGGAGAGAACAAAGUGGGCUGAGGAAAGGGAGAGAGAGCUCAAGGCUCUGAAAAGAGAAGAGAAGGAUAAGGAGAAACGACGAAGACGAAGGCACCAGGGUAAUGUUGAUUCAGAUGAUAGCCUUGAUGGUUUCAGGCUAGAUGCUGGGGCUGAAAGGAGGAAAAGAAGGCACCAUAGAAGCCGUUCUCGAGAUCGAGAUCGAGAUCGAGGUAGCGGAAGGGACAGGUCACGGCAUGACGAGGCACACCGGAAAAGGCGCAAUGAUAGACAUGAAUCCAAAACCGGGCCGAAACCUGAGAAAGUGUCUGUUGCUUGGAGUCAAGCUCCAGGAAAAAGAUACAGUGCUCAAUUCGCAGGCACUUGA